AACUAUCAACAGCAUCAUGUUCUUGCUCGCUUGAGACAUCUAGGUUUACUUCGAAACUGUAAAAGAUAGGUGGAGGAAAUCUACAGCUAUGUCUUCAACACCUAUGCAAAUCGAUUCUCCCAUGGGAAAUGGUAUUACAGGAAGAGCCAAUGGAGUCCAAGCUACAGCCAUGCUCUCAGAGAUGAUUCCCAUAUUCCGACCUACAAAGCAUUGGCGCCGUGAUACCCCCAUUCCAGGAUCAAGAAAUACAGCACCCACCACCAUCCUCUCUCUUGACUUCGACGAUGAAGGUGGCUUGCUUUUGACCUCUGAAAGUGACAGUAGUAUGCAAAUAUACAACGUCAAAGAGGGCAAACAACACAAAACAUGCCUCAGCCACAAGUACGGUGUGGCGAAGGCGAUUUUUGGUCACGCGACUGGAUGUAUUAUUCAUUCGAGUACCAAGCUAAACAACACAAUCCGUUACCUCUCGACCCAUGAUAACUCUUACCUCCGCUACUUCGAAGGCCAUACGGAAGCCGUCACGUGUCUGGCUCUUCACCCAGGCCAAGACACCUUCCUGUCCUGCUCCUACGACAACACCCUCCGGAUCUGGGACUCCGCCACAAAGAACGUAGCCGGGCGACUCGACCUCCAUGGCGCCUAUCUCACAGCCUGGGACCCCUCUGGUUAUGUCUUCGCCGUAGCUUCUCCUACCGCAGCAGCCAUCGUUCUCUAUGACUUCAGAAACUUCGACAAAGCUCCUUUCGCAAGUUUCGACAUGUUGCCGUAUUCAGGAGAGAUGGGCGAGGGUAUGAGCCGUGGAUGGAAUAAGCUCGAAUUCAGUAAUGAUGGUAAACAUCUUCUUCUCGGCACUACAGGCAAUUCUCACUUCCUGCUCGACGCUUUCGAUGGCCACGUCAAGGCCUCUCUACGCAAGGAUCGAGGCAGCGUUCGUCGACUUGGCCCUGGUGAACAUAAUCCCGAGAACAUGGAUCCCAUGUCUAGCGAUUAUCUGUUUCCGAGUACGGGUGAUUGCUGCUUCAGUCCUGAUGGAAGAUAUGUGCUCAGUGGAACAAGACAACGGAACGUGCUUGUGUGGGAGACAUUGGGUGGUUCGACUGAGACUUCGAGAUCUGUGGUCCCUGCUCAUGAGCUGGAUUACGCUGGCGAUACAGCGUUGAUGGCUUUUAAUCCGAGGUAUAAUAUGUUUGCUACAGCGGAUAAGGAGGUUGUGUUCUGGUUGCCCGAUCAAAGUUUGGCCUGAUGAAGAAGAGAAGACAGCGAGUUGAGAAGAUAACGUGACUGGAGAUGAUAUAUUGAGGCGAAGGAAAACAGACUGGCAUUAACUCAUCUGCUUGCUUGGCCGGAUACCCAAAAGUUGACUUGCAACAGGCGUUCUAGAGUUGAAUGGUUGGCAUGAAAUGGAAUGGCAUCUUGAAGCGCAGGAAAGAUUGCUGUGAUGUGUUAUAUCGUGAGUGAAAUUACUUUUCGCGUCUGGCAAUUUAUCAUUUCGAGAAUCUG